AUGGCACUAGAAAAGACGGAGACUCCACAACUUAUAUAUGAGCCAAUUGAAACUGGGAAGGUAAAUAAGAAUAAUGAGGCAUCAACAUAUGAUCGGAAAAAGGCGGCACAAUAUGACACAGCUUGGUACCAUAAUAAACAAACAUCAUCUGACUUGGAAGAUGGGGAAGCCAGCCUAACCUCAAACUCAAACUCAGGCUCAAACUCAGGUUCAGGCUCAGGCUCUACACACAUUUUGCGAGGAAAAGUUGGAUACGAACAAUCAACUAAGGAAGCUGAAACUUUUGAAGAAGAUGCAUCUGGGUUCGAGUCUUGUGAGAAUCAUACACCAUCCCCUAAGAAAGUAGUCAAUUUGAAGCGUGAACACCAUUUGGGAUUUGCAUCGACUCCAUUACACCCCAACAACAACAAUACAAUCUCAUUUCUGUCUCCCAUGAGACGACUAAACGAGCUCCACCUAGAGUCGGAGAUUAUUCUUGAUUUGGAUCUAGAGGGGAGUGAAAAUGAAGGAAAAUACAGAGGCGAAUAUGAACACCAAGAUGAAAAUGAAGACAGUAUAGACAAGAAUCAGGAUGAUCUGAUGGCAGAUGAUGCGUUUGACGAGAAUGCAAUAGGAAACAAGACUAUUAUCAACAAUUCCGAUGAGUCGGACGAUGAACCAGACGAUGAAUCAGAUGAUCAGUCAGGCUCUUCACAACUAGAACAACAACCAGUAUCACCACCACCACUACAACCACCAAGAUUUAUCAAUAUUAAGAAACGACAGCACCUGCAUAUCGAUGCGGUGCGAUAUAGCACCCCCAUAAUGCACGAGGUCCCUAUGGCAGCUGGUUCUGCACUUGGUGUUCCAAACGGUGUUCCAAAUGGUGUUUCAACCACUGCAACAUCGAAAACCAAUGAUUCAAUGAUGUCAAUCUGCAAAAAAUCAAAUGAGAGUACACCUGGAUCCGCAUUGAAGUUUAGCUUCUCACCUAACGAUUCUACACCCUGUCCAACCCAGCCAAAGCGCAAAAAACUCAAGUUCAAACAAGCGUCCACAAAGAAUAUCCUAGACUUGAGUUAUGCCAGAAAGACAUCUCUACAGGAGCUUCCACCCAAACUGCACGGCACAGAUGCUAAUUCAAAUAGCAAUGUCGAUGACAAAACUGGAGAUGAAAAUGACUCAUUUUCGUUUGAAAAGCGGUGUGACUUGGAGUCAACACCAAUUUCACAAUCAACGCCUUCAUCACUGAGAGCUUCUACACCACCAUUACCAAUGCCCUCGCAAGAGUACGGACCUUCAAUCAAUGGAUACAAAUUUGUAAAACCACAAAUACCAACACAGUCUCAGGCUCAAUCACAAACGCAAACACAAACACAAACACAAACACAAGCACAAGCACAAACGCAAACGCAAACACAAGCACACCACAAGACACCAUUAUUCAAAUACGAGACUCCCGAGAAUGGAAACAGAUACAACAAAUUGAAAGAACAUUACAACAGUCGAAACUACGAGAUCCUUGGAGAAUUGCCUAUUUCAUCAGCCGGUUUGAUGAAUGAGAACGAAGAGAAUGUCCACGUUGGAGAUAUGCGAAUAAACACGGAGAUGAACAACUCGGAUCAAACGGCAUUGGAUACGAUUGACGAAAUUGAUGACUUUACAGUCGAGAGGAUAAGGCACGAGUAUCAUAAUGAGGGCAGAGUACGACUACCUUUAUUACCACCAAACUCUUAUAGGAAUGAUUUGCAGUUUGAAGAAUUAAAGCAUUUAUUAACAGUAGAUUCAGUAGAGUCGUUUUUUGAACUAAUUGCUCAGGGACCAAUGCUCGAUUUGCUUAAACAAGAGAGAAUUAAGUGGCACCCUGACAAAUGGGUUGGAAAGCUCGACAGUGGCGGUGUCAGAAACAGAAAAGAAGCCGGUCAUUCUGAUAAUGAUGGAGGGCUCACAAUGCAAACCAUUGAACAUCUAAGCCAAAUCAUCAACUCUUUAUUUGAAUCCUACAGCAACUUGGAAGACAAUUAA